AUGAUACCCCGGUCAGCUCUCCGUGUUCUAGCGACAAGGCAAUGCGUACGGCGUCUGGCCACGCAACCUCCCAAAAUCACCCUCGCUGCUUCCGCUCCACCAACUUCCCCGCCGCCCUCAACGCCGCCGAAGCGACAAAAAGCAUGGUUGACGCGUAAACUCCAAGGCUCGCCUGCGGCUUUGUCUGUAUUGAGAGGCCUGGGUAGAAUAUUAGGAUAUGGGAGUCCUGAACAAAUCGCCGGUAGGCGAACCUUCGUUCUUUACAAACAGUUGUGUGCCGUGAGGCCCGACGAGGAGAGUGCAUUCUGGCAAAAUGAUUGCUAUCUGCCACCGACUUUCCAAUCAUGGUUUACCAUAACGAACCUUCAUGUUUGGCUUCUCACUGCCCGCCUCCGUGCACUUCCACAACCUCAUGGGAAGGCCUGCGUGCAAGGCCUGCUGGACCACUUCUUCAUCGACAUAGAAGACCGCAUCCGGGCCGUUCUCCAACCCCGCCUCCAACCUCCUACCCCGUACACUUUCAAAUCCGACUUUUACACGAACCCGAACGCACCCCCUCCGCCCGACCCCAACUCAAAGACUCGGCAAAAAGCGCCGAGCCGCGCGCCCGAUCGCAUUGUUAUGAGGCAGAUGAAGAUUUUCAAGGAGCAGUGGCAGGGGAUGGGGCUGGCGUUAGAUCUGGGGAUUGUGAAAGGGGACGAGGAGCUCGCGGCUGCGAUGUGGCGGAAUUUGCUGGGUGCUCGCGGUGCUCGAGGGAUCUCCUUGGAAUCCUCGAAGGCUCAGUUCAGGCGCACUGUCAACCUAGUGGGGGGAGAAGUCGUCAAUGUGUCAAAGGUAGACUUUGAGAAGGAAGAGACGCAGGAUGAUGGUUCGGGCGUGCAUGAUUUCCCACCACAAGAAUCGGACAAGUACGUGAAGUAUCCGGAACUUAUGCUUGAUCUUGUGGGGUAUACUCGAAGGGAGCUUUCGAGGUUGGAGGCUAUCACCGACGAGGAAAUCAUGAAGGCAGACCCCUCCCGGUUACGAUUUGGGCCAGUCAAAACAAAGGCGUAG